AUGGGUUGCGUUCUUUGCAAGGAUUCAACCAGCCCCCCUCUUAAUCAGAGACUAGAAAAAUUGAAGCAGGAACGAGGUUAUGUCGUCGGCAGACAUAACAAUGGGCAGGCUGAUCCUGCAGGGAAGUUAUUCAGGCAAGAAACAGACAACAAGAGGGUGGUAAUCCUAAAUGGAGUAGGAGAGAAACUGGUUGCCGGAGAAGGGACAAAGAAUGGCAUGGUCGGAAAUGUCUCACAAAGAAUUAACUUGAAGAAGAUUGGUGGAGAUGAGCUUGUGAAUGGCUGGCCAAAGUGGCUUGUAGACAAUAUUCCUAGAGAUGUCUUGGCUGCUUUGGUUCCAAAAAGUGCUGAUUCUUAUGAUAAGCUAGCAAAGAUAGGCCAAGGAACUUAUAGCAAUGUGUAUAAAGCUAGAGAUAGAGACACAGGAAAGAUUGUUGCUUUAAAGAAGGUUCGAUUCGACACGUCGGAGUCUGAGAGUAUUAAGUUUAUGGCAAGAGAGAUAAUGAUGUUACAGAAGCUAGAUCAUCCCAAUGUUAUCAAGCUUGAAGGGCUAGCCACAUCAAGGAUGCAAUAUAGUCUUUAUCUUGUUUUCGAUUAUAUGCAAUCUGAUCUAACAAGAAUCAUCUCCCGUCCAGGCCAGAGGCUAACUGAACCACAGGUUAAAAGCUACAUGCAUCAACUGCUUUCAGGCCUGCAGCAUUGUCAUGAGAGGGGAAUUCUACACAGGGACAUUAAAGCUUCCAACUUGUUGAUAGACAAAAAUGGGAGACUAAAAAUUGCUGAUUUUGGGCUUGCUAAUUUAUUCAUUCCUAAACCGAAAAGACCUCUUACAAGUAGAGUGGUGACACUGUGGUAUAGAGCUCCAGAGCUGCUUCUGGGUUCUACAGAUUAUGGAGUAGGCAUUGAUCUAUGGAGUGCAGGAUGUCUGUUAGCUGAAAUGUUCAUUGGUAGGCCAAUUAUGCCUGGAAGGACAGAAGUUGAGCAACUUCACAGGAUUUUCAAGCUUUGUGGCUCACCACCAGAGGAUUACUGGAAGAUAAUGAGAUUAGCUACAAGUUUCAGACCACCACAACAUUACAAACCUAGUUUUCAGGAAGCUUUCAGGGAUCUUCCUGAUUCUUCCUUUGGUCUCCUGACAACACUUCUUGCUCUAAAUCCAGCAUAUCGUGGUACUGCUGCCUCUGCUCUUCACAGUCUGUUCUUCACUUCAAGCCCAUUGGCGUGUGAGCUUUCAGAUCUACCCGUGAUAUACAGAGAGGAGGAUGAACCAGCUCAAGCUAAUAAUCGGAAGAAGCACAAGAAAUCCAAAAAACAAUCCUCUCGAGCUUUUCAUGAAGGCCAUGGGAGGAGGAGGAGCUUGAGUGCUGAACAACUUAAAGAAGACAUUGAAUCUUCUAAAGAGGCGGAGAGGUACUCAGAGGCCAACAUGAGUGGGCAAGAAACAGGAAACAGUGGAAGUAGCAGCUAUUCCUCUAGUGUAAAAGGUAACAGAGAAGUGCAAAAACUACGAGCAUCAUUUUCGCCGAUUCGCCUUUCUCGGCAAAACAUGGCAAUGAGAACAGAGGCUCAUCCUAAUGCAGUGAGGAAUAUACAGAACUACACACUUUUACAGGCCUCUAUAACAGAUAUCAUCAACCACAAUCCAGCAGGAGGCGGCAAUGGAAUGCCUGCUUAUCGCAGGUCUAUUUCUACGUUGGACUUCCGUACUCUUGAUCCUGACAAGAUUAACAAACUCUUUGGGUUGGAUAAAGAUUAAGCUAUUCUUCAUCAUUGGUCAUGUAUGUUCAAGCAACUUUCUAAUUAGUUGCCUCUUUGGUCUUAUCAAUAACAGCUCGUCUUGUUUGGUUUCUACUAAAUAUAGAAAUUCAUUUAGUGAUGUUUCAUGCUUUUCAAUUCAUAGGUUAUAUAAUUAAGAUGAGAGCAUGUCAUGACUAUUUUUUUCGAAUGCAUCAAGAUGAGAGCAUUAAAUCCCAAUAUUAGUUUUAUAUUGAUUUUAUAAAUUUUA